GUAUAGCUUUGCCCCCCACCUCAUUCCAAAAGUAUUUGAUAAUAAAGCAUCUCAACAUAACAAAGCUUUUCAUUUUCUACUUUAUAUAGUCACUAGAAACUAUAUUCAAAAUCUCACCCUCUUUGUUUUCUUCACUCUUUGAGAUGAUCAUACCAUGUGUAGUAGAAGUCAUUUUUUAAAGAUAUCAUGCAAGGAAUGAGAAGUAGCUUCCUUAGAAAAAUGAAACUCAUUCCAACCACAAACUUGAAACAAGGCCUUGUUUUUCAUCUAAACACCAAAGAUAUGUUUUGUAUCCAAAAAUGUCAAUCUUCACCAUUCUUUGAUGAUCACAAAGGAAACGAUUCGAGGUGGACAUCGGCUCAGUCCGGAACAAGAAACAAUCUUGAUGGAAGUGAGAAUGGUGAUGAUAAGAUACAUCAUUUAGAGGGACAAGAAUUCAACUUCAAAUUAGCUACAACAACAAAAAUUGCAUGCAUCAAAGAUUAUCCAUCUCUCAAAACUUUUGAAGAAAAAUGUCCACCAGGUGGAAGCAACACAAUCAUUCUUUACACAACAAGUUUGAGAGGAAUAAGGAAAACAUUUCAAGAUUGCAACAAAAUCCGUUUCUUGUUGAGGAGUUUAAGAAUAAUGUACCAUGAAAGGGAUGUGUCUCUACAUUUGGAAUACAGACAAGAAUUAUGGAAUAUAUUGGGAGAAAAAGUGAUUCCUCCAAAGCUUUUUAUCAAAGGAAGGUACAUUGGAGGAGCAGAUGAAGUGAUUGGAUUGAAUGAAAUGGGUUGGCUUGGGAAGAUUUUGGAAGGAACACCAACUGUUGUUUCUAGUGAUUGUCUUUGCAUUGGUUGUGCUAACAUGGGAUUUACUAUUUGUUCAACAUGUUGUGGAAGUUGUAAGGUCUUCAACAACAAUGGUGACAGCAGCAACAAUGAAUGUUUCCUUAGAUGUCAUGAUUGCAAUGAGAAUGGACUUGUCAAGUGUCCCAUUUGUUGCUAGAAAUUGAUAUUUACUAAAAUGGCCCAAUUUCAUGUUGAUAUUACUAAAAUGGCCCAUUUUGUUGUAUGAUAACAAAAUGUUAACGUGGCUUUUAUAGUAUCUUCUUGUAAUAUAUAUUUAAUCUUCCUUAGACAUAGCUUCUAUGUAACAUGAUAUAGUUUCUUAUCUAUAUGUGUGUGAAAUACAAUGAGGGUGAUCAUGGUUAAGGGUGUCAUUUUUAAAAGGGUGUAUUAUGUUGUGAAUAUGUGAAAUUAGUGAAUGUCUUCUCAAUUUUUAA